AUGUCGGUAGCAGCACAGGAUAUUAGUGGAAUCAAAGAUGAGUUUUCUAAAGGUCAGGAGACUUUGCUUGACUAUGAUGCAGAAGACAGCAAUCUCUAUGGAGAUGAAUCCAAACAGGGUGUUGCAGAGAAAGAGGAAAUAAUGGAACUCACUGAUGAUGAAGAAGCCAUCAAGGCAUACCUAGAGACAAAUGAACCACUGCCUACAAGACUGCUAGACAAGAUAGUCAGAGUUUGGUGGACUAUGGAACCAUUCAAAUCUACGGGCUUUGUCCUUGAAGGUUUCCCACGUACUGUAGAAGAGGCUAGGUACUUGCAAGAUUCUGGACUUUUCCCGGAUGCAGCAAUUAUAUUGCAGGCAUCAGAAAAUGAUGUGAUAGGACGCCUGUUACCGCCUAAACUGGACAUAUGGAGAGCAAAGAGAAACAAAAGAUUGGCCAAAAAGGCACGAAACAAGGCCAAGGGUCAAGCCAAGAGGGAAGCUGCUAUGGCAAAGCGCAGAGAAGUUCUCAUAAAGGAGCGAGAUGAGAGACGGGCUGUUAGAAUG